UGAGCCCCGCCUCCCCCGCCCGAGUUGCGCGGGGUCCCUUGAGCCUGGCGGGUUUCGCCCACCACGGUGGGGACCGGCUUUGCACCUCUGUGCGCCCCGCCUGCACCUGGUCUGCACGAACCCGGGCCCGCGGAUGCAGAGCGCGAUGGCCGCCCCCGCCCUGGCCCCGGUGACGCGGCAGGUCAGCGGCAGCACCGGCCCGGCCCUGGUCCCGAGCUCGUCCCUGGGCUCCGAGCGCGGGCAACCACUGGCCGCCGCCGUGGCCGAGCUUCCCGUGCUGGACGCGUCCGGAAGGCCGGUGCAGUUCGGAGAGCUGUUCCGCGAGCGCAGGGCCGUCGUGGUCUUCGUGCGGCAUUUCCUGUGUUACAUCUGCAAGGAAUACGUAGAAGAUCUAGCCAAAAUCCCCAAGAGUUUCUUGCAAGAGGCAAAUGUCACCCUUAUAGUAAUUGGACAGUCAUCCUAUCGUCAUAUUGAGCCUUUCUGCAAACUGACUGGGUAUUCUCAUGAAAUCUAUGUUGAUCCUGAGAGAGAAAUUUAUAAAAGAUUGGGAAUGAAAAGAGGUGAAGAAAUUGCCUCCUCAGGACAGAGUCCUCAUAUAAAGUCAAAUAUACUCUCAGGAAGCAUUUGGAGCCUGUGGCGGGCAGUGACUGGCCCUCUUUUUGAUUUUCAAGGAGAUCCAAUUCAGCAAGGCGGAACUCUCAUUUUAGGUCCAGGUGACAACAUCCAUUUUAUACACCGUGAUAGGAAUAGGUUGGAUCACAAACCCAUCAAUUCUGUUUUACAGCUUGUAGGAGUUCAGCAUGUAGACUUCACAAGCAGACCUUCAGUUAUCCACGUGUGACAGUACAGACUCUGUCACUUUCAGGUGGACUCUUGAGAUAUGGCCUGAAAUACUGGAGUGUAGUAUCCUGGUACAGUGUCUCAUUUGUUGGCUCUGCCCAGUCUUUGAGGAAUUAUGAAAAUGGAGAGACGUGUACCCAUUGAAUUGCAUGCUGAGAGGCAUCAGUUGUCAAAAACAUUUGUGUUAUAGCUUUUAAAUUUUAUACAAAGUAAAAUUUUAUUUAUACAAAAUAAAACUUUAAAAGCUAUAACAUUGUAAACAUAUUUUAUAUUAGGGUAAAUUCAUCCCAUAAAAUGUUUUUUUGGCCAUUAAAAUUAUGAAGAACAUAUGAAGAACAUAUAAGGGGAUGGGUAGACAACUCAAGACCAUCUUAUCCAGUGGAAAAGAGUAAAGAAAAGGAUAUUAAAUUCUGUAGAAAAUAUAGUCACAUUUUAUAUGUAUAUGUUUAUAUUUUUGUAUGCUUAGAAAAAAGACAAAAAAUAAACACCAGAAUAUUACCUGUAGCUAUCUCUAUGUGGUAAGAUUACAGGUGUUUUAUUUUCUUUUUCACACUUUUCUAUAUUUUCCAAAUAUUCUACAAUGAGCACGAUGCAUUUUUUGGCCAGGAAAAGGUCUUUAAACAUUAUAUGCAGAAUAUAUUCCUACAAAAUGAGCUUCCACAAAGGUGCAGUUAUGUAGGCUGCAGUCCACAUAUUUCUAUCCUAAUUGCUUUCCUUUGAAGAAAUAAGGCAAACCAAAUCUUUUAUAUAGUCUGUGUUCAAAGCACCUUGUCACCACACACCCACUAUCUAUUUCACCAAGAUUUUUUUUUGGUGGUAGAGGGGGUGGUAAAAGAAGAAAAAUAUGUCUAAGGUAUUUAAGAUAUGUAUUUAAAGCGUGUGCUCAGUAUGCAUUUUGAAAGGGAAUUUUAAGAAUUGUUUAAACUAAAAAAGAACUUUAUAACAAACAUUAUACUGUGGUUUGGCUGUACAUUCCUAGACAGUUUCCAUUUCUCACCCCCAAAUUGCUUUUAUUUAGUGGAGUAUUGUCACCUUUUAUUUUUUGAGAAUCUUAAUAUGAAGUGGCCCAGAAAUUCUAAUGAAAAGUACAGCAAAAUCAAAAUAUUGGUAAUUAUCAAUGAGUAUAAUACUGUUUUAAACUUAUAACUUUAUAUCAAGGAUAUGAGGUACCACAAAAUAUAUAUUUAAAGUAUCCAAAUAUUUUAAGGUAUUUUCAUGUACAUAUUACAUAACAAUCAUGUUUUUAACCAAUAAAAAUAAAAUUUCUCUUAAAUUUAAAAGUAA